AUGUCUCCCGCAGAGCGGGUGAAAAACAUUGGUACCAUCGAAUACUCAGAAUUCACCAGCUCCCUCAAGAACUUCGCGUCGAAUAUGGCGAGAUGCUAUGGAUUAGCGAUACCGGAUUCUUCCUUCAAUCUUUACAGUUCUGACCCAGCAUUCGAACAAUCACGAGAGGUGAUCGAUGAGUUCGCGGCCGAUCGAGCCAACUCGGUCACUGGUCACCCGAAACUCGCCCCUGAAUAG